CGUGGUGCUGGCGCUACACCCCCAGACACCCCAGCCAUGGCCGUGCCAGCUCUGGGCCUGCUCUGGAUCCUGGCAGCGGUGGCCCAGCCUGCCCUGGCAGCCCCCAUGGGCAGCCCAGAGCCGGCGCAGAAGGAGGAGCUGACCCUGCUCUUCCACGGAGCCCUGCAGCUGGGCCAGGCCCUAAACGGUGUGUACAGGACCACGGAGACAAGGCUGACGGAGGCCGGGGACAGCUUGGGCCUCUACGGCCACAUGCUGGAGCUCCUAGAGCGGGAGGUCAGCCAGGGCCAGGCCGGGGCCCGAGAGCUGCAAAGAAGCCUGUUGGACAUGCAGACGGAAGAGGAUUUUCUGCAGUUGCAAGCAGAGGUCAUAGCCCAGGCCCUAGGGCAGGUGGCCCAGGAACAGCAGGAGCUGCAGGACAGUGUGCAGAAGCUGGAAGGCCGGCUGAGGGGCACCUGGCUGGGCCGGGCCUGCCAAGAAUUUGAAACUUUGAAGGCUCGAGCCGAGGAGCAAAGCCACAUCGUGUGGACCCUCACGGGCCACGUACAGCGACAGCAGCGGGAGCUGGUGGCACAGCAGAAGCGGCUGCAGCAGAUCCGGGCGAGGCUCCACAGGGUGGCACUUCCGACUUGAGCCUGCCUGGCUGCCACAGAGGACCACAAAACGCAGCCAGGGACACUUCCACGGCCCUUCGUGGCUCCCAAGUCGCCCCCCAGUGCAGGGCAGAGCUGCCCGUCCGCCGGGGAAGGCCAGGGAGCGGCCCAGCCACGGAGCAG